AUGAAAAGACCACUUGAGGGAGGAGCAUCUCAAUUGCAUGGCGACGAGUGCUUGGAUGAGUCGGCUCAUUGGCAUCACAUUGUGAUCAGCAUCUCAGAAUCUCAGUCUUUUGUAGAAAACUUUCUAAACGAAUGCGGAGCGUGGCAUGUUUAUUAUAGACGGAAGAGAUUCACUUCUACUUCUGCCAAUUCCACUUCUACUGCUGUUGUCACUGCUACCACCACCACCACCACUACCGCAACUUUUGCGGCUGCUGCUACUCUCACUAAAACCCCCACUACCAUGCCUACCACUACUGUAACGGAAAAAUCUCCUCCACAUUCUCCAUCGCCAACUUUUAUUUCCCAUUUGGGGUCCUCGCCUCUGCUAGUUGUGACUAUUGUCCUCGGCAUUAACUUGUGCUUUGCCAUUUUGGUUAUUAUCUGUCUCUUCGUGACAUUACUUCGCCGUUUACGCAGCCGCUUUUACGAAGAUGGUGUUCGUAAUCCACCAUCUUCUGAUAUCCAUGAUGUUAAAGUGCUCUAA